ACUAUAUAACAUGCGCGCCCCUCACCUUAUCAGUGCCACCAUCGUGUUGCGUUUAGAUUAUAUUUAAUAUUAAAGAUUGUUUAUUUGGGGUUUAGUUUGAUCGGGCCGGUGUUAAAGGAGGUGGAAUAGAUGUGUACGUAGACCGCCUGGAAGGCCUUACGUAGGGCAACACUUACAUCGGUUGGCGACAGAGCAAGGAGGAAAUAACGAUUUGUCUUCCAAGAAACCGUCGAAUAGUUAUCUCUCGUCUACGGGAUUAUUUUGGUUGCGUUUUCUACACAGGCUUCGGUUAAGUCAUGGCGGAUGAAAAUACUCAGUUCUGUGGCAAUUGCAAACACGACAUUCCAGAGGCUAAUUUCACCACCCAUGAGAUCCAUUGCCGAAGAAACAUCGCAUUGUGUGAUGUUUGCCAGGAGCCAGUGCCCCGUUCAGAGCUGCAGGAGCAUAACGAGCAGGAGCACAUCCAGAUUACAUGCAAGUGCGGUUUGAAGAUUGAGAAGAAUCGUAUUGCUGUUCACCAGAGUUUCGAAUGCCUUCAGAGGCUGGUCCCGUGCCAAUUCUGUGAACUGGAGAUUGUCUUCAGUCAGUCCAAAGAACAUGAGGAUUAUUGCGGCGCACGCACUGAACCCUGCGUGCACUGCAAGUGCAACGUAAUGUUGAGGGAACGGGCCGUGCAUCCGGGCUUGUGUGGAAGCCUCACGCCACCCCAAGAGCGGAACAACCGUCGGACGAGUCGCAGUCCCGUGGAAUCACAGUCUCCAGGGCCGUGGUUUGAAGCUCACUCCAUCCAUAACCUUCUAAGAGCCCAAGAGAGAAGCCCAAAGAAUAAUAACGUCAGCGCCGCAGAACAGGCCUUUCCGCGGCCAUUUGAUCCCAGAGAAUAUUACACUUCAAGGGGACCUGAAGUCCCAGGAGACUGGAAGAAUAUUGCUCCGAGCAAUACUUUUAGCCAAAUGAUGGGGCAGAGUGAUUUUCGGAGCAGCGGCGGCAGCAGCAGUAGCAGCAGUGCGUGGCCGCAGAGCGACCUCACCCUGAAUGAGGAUUCCUCCGGACUGGACUACAUGUUGGCUCUCAGCCUGCAGAGUGAUGCAGAAUCAGUAGCUGAGGGAAACCUGUGGAGUGGAAUCUGGGACCACAAGAUUGGGAAGACUUCGAACACAUCUUUAACCUCUCCACUCCCUCCGCCCAACAACAACUACCCAAACUUUACCACAGGAACGAGCACAGGUGCAGUCCAGGAACACGACCAAGCAGAUACCAUGCUUCCUUGUGAGUUUUGUGAAGAACUGUUCCCUGAAGAGGACCUGAUUUUGCAUCAGACUGGAUGCAGCCCGGCCUCUGCCUUUGCGUCUUACAGCAAACAGCCCUUGUCUCCCCCAAAAGAGGACCGGAUGAGCAGGAAUGCUUCAGGGAUGAUGCACAACAUCCCCGACACACUCGCUUCAAACAUCCCCACUUUCCCCCGCUCCGUGUCCCCGGCCUCCUACAGCCCUCCAGCCAGUCCUCUAGAGGGCGAUGUGGUCAUUCCGUGUGAAUUCUGUGGCGUCGCUCUGGAGGAGGCUGUCGUCUUUCACCAUCAGGACAAAUGUGAUAUGCGUCCUCAGAAUGCCCACCCCUUGAAUAAUCUAACAAAAGCAUCCAUCAAGAAGCCAUUGAGCCCCACCAAAGACACCUUUGGUCAGAUGUCUUCUGACUUUCAAAGGAGAGUUAAUCCCCAAGUCGAGUUUUCGGAAGUGAACUUUGGAUGCGACCGAGAGACACCGCCAGGACUAAACCAAAUGGAAUGGCAGAGAGGUUACAUCGGACUACCAAGUCAGAGGAAGACUUCCAACUGCGAUGCUUCUGUGAAGAUCAGACCUCAGCAGGGCAUGGAAGCAGAGGGAGAUCAUUCUGCUUUCCGUGAGCCCGAGAGGUCCGGCUCUACGUCUCUAAAGGGAGUGCAUCUACCAGAAAAUAAAGAGGGCAGAGGGAACAGAAGAAAUUCAUUAACAAAGUUGCCGAAGAAGCAGAAUGAAGAGCAGCAGCAGCAGCAGCAGCAGGAGGAGUGAGAGCAUGUGGGGAAAUAACAAAACCAAAUCUCCUAAUCGGGUUUCAUUUAUCUUCUUACACACUUUUGAAAACAAAAUGUAUACCUAUCUGAUAAGUGCCUGCGUGAGUAUGUUAUCUUGCAGUUUAUCUUUUAAUGAGUUUUACUAUUAUUAUAAUCUAAAGUAAUUUGGUUUAUUAAUGCAUAUUCUGCUUUAUUUCAAUUUUCUUUUUUUCAAAUGUUUGUAUGUCUAACAUCCAGCCUUGAAAGAUAAAUUAUCAAAUUUUAUUUGCGCUGAAUUUGAUUUUUAUUAUUUUUUAUACUGUACAAGUCACAGCUCAUUAAGAAUAUCGGACACGGGACUUUGUCGGUGUGCAGUUGUCUAACUCAAUCGUUACCUUGUUAAUUCAGCCAAGGACAUUUUGUUUUCAGCCCUGUUGGCCAGUUAUUUCAGGGUCUUCCAGUGUUCAUGUAGGUUUAUGAAUCUUUAUGUAAUCUAAAGCACUUUGAUAGAUUAUUUUGUUAAAGAAGGGCUUGAGGAACACAUUUGAUAAAUGUAUGCAUCUUGGUCCCCAAAAGAAAAAACCCUGUAUAACUGAACAUUUGUCUUUUUAUACUGUUGAACAUGUUGUCUUUAAUACUCUUCAGUACUUAGAUUAUUAUUAUUUUUUAAUCAUAACUGUAGAACUAUACACGUGGUGUCAUGAUGAGGGGUCUUCUGAAGCAGUGUCUCCUGUCCAAUCUCUUUGAAGUAGUAUGAAAAAUGUUGUGUGCUUCACCUCCGCAUAGGUUUUAAGAUUGAUAAAAUGUUUUUUGUGUGUAACAUAGGGUCCACUAAAGCAAUACAUAUAAGACCGGGCACCUUGUACCACAGAAGGUUGAGCCCUUUUAACUAAAGACUAUGCCCGAGCAGCCCCCUGAUUAACAUCUGAUAAUUAAGCUCAACGGAGGAACAAAUAAUCAGUGAAAUGUCCUGCUGUGGUGUUUGGGUUAGGGUGUAGGCUCUCAGCCACAUGGCUGACUAUUCCAGUUUAAGAACAACUGUCUUGAUGCUCUUUGUCUUGUUUGGCUAUUAAAUGUUUAAUGGGGAGGUCCAUGGCUCCA